AUGCCAAUACCAACCUGCAACACCGUUUACAGCGAAAUGCUGGACCCCAUGUUGCUCAUCCGAGAAUAUUACGAGAUAUCCCCUCCUGACCUUAUUAAAGUGACUCGCUCACAUUGGUCCCGUGCUGGUAUACCGAUCAUAGGCAAAUUCACGGGUGAGUCCGAUGAAGAGGCCAAUACUAUCGACCCUCGCUCGCAGCCUAAAGUUUGGAAGCGAGUGCGCGCUAACCCUUCUGCCAACGGGGAUUUCUUUGAGGGGCAGACCUCAAGUAGCGUUUCGAAGUGA